AUGCAGCGCCUGAGCGCGGGCACCCAUCCCGGUGAUGUUCUGAAGGCCCUUCGCGGAACUCGGUUGCCGCACGCCAACCUGUCAGAGCAAACCGCAGCAAAGGCCAUCCUCCCAGGUGUGCAUUCGGACGGUGAACUCGAACUGCUCGUUCGACACCCAAAGGCAUAUUGUGCUCUUGAUCUUCCUGUUGUUGCGCAGGACACCGUGAGUAAUCUUUUCCUCGGUGGUGCGUCGUCACAGGCGUACACGUCUCAACUCGAGCAAGUGCAAAGCACGAAGCAACCAUCGAACCAUCCCAAGUAUUGCGACACGCGGCUUGAGGAGUUGAAGAUUGACUUCUGGACAUCUGUCCCUCUCAAAAACGAAGAUGCCGCGUCUGCGAUAUCGUUGUAUCUCGAGACCCAUCAUCCAAUAUGGUGCUUCUUCGAUGCGUCACAGUUCCUAAACGAUCUCAUCGAGUGCAAAACCGAUGCAGAGUCGACGUGCUCGCCUCUCAUGGUCAGUGCAUUACUCGCCUUUGCAUUGCAAGGCUAUUCUUCCGUUAAUACUGCAAUUGCGAAAUACAGCUACCAGUUCGAAGAACAGGCAGAAAAGCUGUUUGCAGCAGAAGGAGAAACCGAUUCUCUACCGACUAUCGCAGCAUUAGCUUUACUGUAUACGACCAUUGCUACUCAUGGAGACGUGCCAAGAGCCAUCAAGUAUUUGACGGCAGCGAGAGAAGCAGCUGACAGAAUGGAUCUCUUCGGCAGACCUAACUCGGCUACCUAUGAUUCGCCCAAGUCUGAAGCAGCAGCUAGCCAGGCUGCAUGGGGGCUGUUCAACUUCCUCGUACAAAUGGUACAAUUCCAGGUGGUACAGCCGCUCGAGCAUCCACCAGUCAUGUCGCUGCCAGAGGAAUCGAGGAUCAACGAAGGAUUCAAAAGUAGCGGCAAACAGGACACAGUCAGUACCAGUCCUGCUUUGGCGGAAAUGCAGCAGGCUCGGUUGGUAUUCUGCAGACUUUGGACUAUAGUGAACGAGGUUUUCCUCAUAUACCGGGACAAUAAGAUUAGAGCGAGAUCACUGGCUUUCGCUAUUGGGAAAUACCGCAAACUUCUGGACCUCAUCGAUACACUGCCUGAACCAAUGACUAGGCAGGACAAGACACCGCAUUGGGUUCUCAUAUUCCAUACAUCAGCACACAUGGUCGUCUUAGACCUCUUCCGUCCGUACAUCGCAGAGGACGAGCAACAUGGCUUCCGCGCAUAUGUAGCCGAAGGCCUGCUGUUUAUGUUCGCCAUUGAGUAUGCACCGGCUUACUGGAAUCUUGCACUUAGUGGCGCCAUGGUAUUCACUGUGAACGCCGUCCUAAAUGACUUGUCUGACCAGGAGAGGAAAAACUACCUUUACUUCUGUAUCUCCAUGAGUCAGAGGCUUCUGCCUUCCUACGUAUACAUGAUCGAGACCAUUCGAGCGAUUCUUGCAAUCGCCACGGAUAAAGGUGCAAUCACGAAGGCCGAGGCCAUUCGCAUCGAGGUCGACUCGACUUCACUGCAACGCGAUAGGCGCACCGAUCGCAGCAGGGGAGGCUGGACUGUGGCACCUACAGUCAAUGAUAACAAGUCAGGCGCCAUUGAUACAUUGGCAGACCGGUUUGAAAUGAUCACGCUGUUCGACGAGUUCACAGAGGGCAUCGCUUAA